AUGAUUAUCUGUGAGGUCAUAAUCCUGACUUCUCAAGAGGAUAAGGAAUACACGUGUGAGGUCAUAAUCCAGAUUUUUUGGACUUGCAGACUAUUUGAAUCACAGAAUCUCAGAAUCUCAGAAUCUCAGAAUCUCAGAAUCUCAGAAUCUCAGAUCUCAGAAUCUCAGAAUCUCAGAAUCUCAAAAUCUCAGAAUCUCAGAAUCUCAGAAUCUCAGAAUCUCAGAAUCUCAGAAUCUCAGAAUCUCAGAAUCUCAGAAUCUCAGCAUCUCAGAAUCUCAGAAUCUCAGAAUCUCAGCAUCUCAGAAUCUCAGAAUCUCAGAAUCUCAGAAUCUCAGAAUCUCAGAAUCUCAGCAUCUCAGAAUUUCAGAAUCUCAGCAUCUCAGAAUCUCAGAAUCUCAGCAUCUCAGAAUCUCAGAAUUUCAGAAUUUCAGAAUUUCAGAAUCUCAGAAUCUCAGAAUUUCAGCAUCUCAGAAUCUCAGAAUCUCAGAAUCUCAGCAUCUCAGAAUUUCAGAAUCUCAGAAUUUCAGAAUCUCAGAAUCUUUGAUACUGUUCAAACAACAGAUUCAGCCGAUAUCUCAUAA